CCCACGGUUGUGAGGGUCAGGGGCUGUCCCUCCUCCAGUGGGAUGUCAUAGCCUCCCCUUGCUGCCCAGAGGUGCUGGGGCCUGCUCACCACUCCCCCGCCGCCAGAUCCCUUCAGUUCCUUCCUCGCCUAGACUUGGGGCGCCUCCUCCCGCCGCAGCCUCCGCCGCAGCCACUAGCGUUCUGCGGUCCCCGCGCCUAGGACCGCCCAGGAGGCGGGGCCUACCAACCAAGAGGCGUGUGGCCUCUCCUCCGGCUCCUCCCUUCUUCCUUCAUAACCCCGCCCCUUCAUUGGCCCACCCAUCCCAGUGGUUGAGAAGCUGUUGCGGGCUCUCCGGCUGCGCUCCUCCCUUCAAGUACCGGCGCGCGCUUCUUUACCCAUCUCUUGUCCGCAGUCUUUGUGCUUUAGGCCUCAUUCCCUUUCCUCCACCAGCUGGAAACCUUUGCCCCUCCCGAGGGCCUCGUGGACCAUCCCCCGGGUAUCUGACACCGAAUCUUUCCAUUCCAGCCCUGACCCCCCACCCCUGUGUCCAGAGAAGCAGUGAGCGCCUUUCCCCUAACAGGUGUCUCAUUCCCCGUCCUCCAUCCGACGAGCCCAGCGGCUCCUGGAGCUCUGAAUGCUCAUUUUUAACGCCCCACUUUGCCAUCCACUUAUUAGUCCCACCUUCCUCUGGACCACUGAGAUGUUUCCAACCCCUUAUAGACCCCACCCAUCUACCUGUGUCUCUUCCAUCCAUCGGACCCUCUUCCUAACGAAGCCCAAGUCUGCAGCUCCAGCAGGACCUGGUGAUGUAUGUCUGUCAUCCCAGCUACCGGGAUGAGGCUGAGACAGGGUCAGGAUAGCAAACCUAAGGCCUCCUUGGACUCUACAGCUUGCCGUCUCCCGCCCCCCCCCCCCCAGCUUCCAUUCAGAAGUUCCCAGGCCCCUCCUUCCUUCCACCCCUUCCCACUGUCCUGCUCUCCGCUCUUCUCUGUCUCCUGUCAGUUUUUAUUUAAUCAGGUUCCAUCUCCACCUCCAGUUCCGGUCGUCUUCCCCGCCCCCGCCCCGCCCCUAAGUGAGACCCUUCCUCUCAUUGUCCCGGCCCAAUAAGAUUAUUGAUCUCUUGGGCUUCCUAUCACUGUUAACCUAAUCAAACCCUUCCCUGUGCAUCUGCUUUUUCAAUAUAGGUACUGCCUGCCAGGACCUUAGGCCAGUGACCAGUUUGGUUUCUUUUCCUCAGCUUCUCCUGUGGUCCCUCCCUUUUAGAAAACAGCCUAUUAGGUCUUUUUUUGGGGAGGGGGGGGGAGGUCGAGUCUCAUGUAACAUAGGCUGGCCUCCUCACUCUGUAGCAUGACCUUGAACUCCUGAUCCCCCUGUCUCCACCGCACCUGUCUCUUUCUCAUACCUGGCUCCAGGGUCUCCAUUUUCGCUGGGCUGCUGAGUUAGGCAUUUUUAGGGUUCCCUUGACGCCCCGCCCUCUUCUAGGUACGAUCCAAUCCCUGAGCCUUCUGUGCAACCCCACCUUCUCUAGCUAGGCAUGGUCGGAGUCCGUCUAGCUGUGGCCCCGCCCAGCCCCUCAGCCCAAUCAGCUCUUGUCCUCCCUCCACCGACCCAAUCGCGCCCUCCUCAUCCAUUCAUCGUCUCCUCUCAUCCAAUCACGCUUACCUUUCCAUCCGGGCCCCGCCCCUGCGGCCCCGCCCCCGGCCCCACCUCCCCGUCUAAUGCUGAGCUCAGUGUGCGUUUGGUCGUUCCGCGGGCGCCAGGGGGCCGAGGAGCAGCAGCCGCAACCGGCACCAACGCCGCAGCCGCCCGAGUCUCCGCCGCCGCCGCUGCAGAAGCAGUGCGCGCAACUCGGCCCCGCCGCGUCCCCGGCGGGUACCCCGCUUUCCUGCGGGCCCGGGGGCCGGCGCGCCGAGCCAUGCCCCGGGCUGCCGGCGGUGGCCAUGGGGCGGCACGGCGGCGGCGGCGGCGACAGCGGUAAGAUCGUGAUCAACGUGGGCGGCGUGCGCCAUGAGACGUACCGCUCCACGUUGCGCACCCUGCCGGGGACCCGGCUGGCCGGGCUGACUGAGCCCGAGGCGGCCGCGCGCUUCGACUACGAUCCGGGUACGGACGAGUUCUUCUUCGACCGCCACCCGGGCGUCUUCGCCUACGUGCUCAACUACUACCGCACCGGCAAGCUGCACUGCCCGGCCGACGUGUGCGGUCCGCUCUUUGAGGAGGAGCUAGGCUUCUGGGGCAUCGACGAGACGGACGUGGAGGCCUGCUGCUGGAUGACCUACCGCCAGCAUCGCGACGCAGAGGAGGCACUCGACUCCUUCGAGGCCCCCGACUCCUCCGGCGCAGCCAACUCCGCCAACGCCGGAGGUGCCCACGAUGCAGGCCUGGACGACGAGGCGGGCGCCGGAGGCGGAGGGCUGGACGGAGCAGGAGGCGAGCUCAAGCGUCUGUGCUUCCAAGAUGCGGGCGGAGGCGCCGGGGGACCUGCCGGGGGCGCGGGCGGCGCGGGCGGCACGUGGUGGCGGCGCUGGCAGCCCCGCGUGUGGGCGCUUUUCGAGGACCCCUACUCGUCGCGGGCUGCCAGGUAUGUGGCCUUUGCCUCCCUGUUUUUCAUCCUCAUCUCCAUCACCACCUUCUGCCUGGAGACACAUGAGGGCUUCAUCCACAUCAGCAACAAGACGGUGACGCAGGCCUCCCCAAUCCCUGGGGCUCCCCCAGAGAACAUCACCAAUGUGGAGGUGGAGACAGAACCCUUCUUGACCUACGUGGAAGGCGUGUGUGUGGUCUGGUUCACCUUUGAGUUUCUCAUGCGAGUCACCUUCUGCCCGGAUAAGGUGGAGUUCCUCAAGAGCAGCCUGAACAUCAUCGACUGUGUGGCCAUCUUGCCCUUCUACUUGGAGGUGGGCCUCUCAGGCCUCAGCUCCAAAGCUGCCAAGGACGUGCUGGGCUUCCUACGCGUCGUCCGCUUUGUUCGCAUCCUGCGGAUCUUCAAGUUGACCCGUCACUUUGUAGGCCUGCGUGUGCUGGGCCACACACUCCGGGCCAGCACCAACGAGUUCUUGUUACUCAUCAUCUUCCUGGCUCUGGGGGUCCUCAUCUUUGCCACCAUGAUCUACUAUGCUGAGCGAAUUGGUGCCGACCCUGAUGACAUCCUGGGCUCCAACCACACCUACUUCAAGAACAUCCCCAUUGGCUUCUGGUGGGCCGUGGUCACCAUGACCACCCUGGGCUAUGGAGACAUGUACCCCAAGACAUGGUCUGGGAUGCUGGUCGGGGCGCUGUGUGCGCUGGCCGGUGUGCUGACCAUCGCCAUGCCCGUACCCGUCAUCGUCAACAACUUCGGCAUGUACUAUUCACUGGCUAUGGCCAAGCAGAAAUUGCCAAAGAAGAAAAACAAACACAUCCCCAGGCCUCCACAGCCUGGCUCACCCAACUACUGCAAGCCUGACCCCCCGCCUCCACCCCCACCACACCCCCACCACGGCAGCGGUGGCAUCAGCCCACCACCGCCCAUCACCCCUCCUUCCAUGGGGGUGACUGUGGCUGGGGCCUACCCGCCUGGACCCCACACACACCCUGGGCUGCUCAGGGGUGGUGCUGGGGGACUGGGCAUCAUGGGAUUGCCUCCUCUGCCAGCCCCUGGUGAGCCCUGCCCACUGGCUCAAGAAGAGGUGAUUGAAACCAACAGAGCAGGCAGUGACUUGGGUGUCCUGGAGGAAGGAGUAGACCCCCGCCCCAACGGGGACCCUGCAGCAGCUGCAUUGGCCCAUGAGGACUGCCCCGCUAUCGACCAGCCAGCCAUGUCUCCAGAAGACAAGAGCCCAAUCACUCCUGGAAGCCGGGGCCGCUACAGCCGGGACCGAGCCUGCUUCCUGGUCACUGACUACGCCCCUUCCCCUGAUGGCUCCAUCCGAAAAGCCACUGGUGCUCCCCCACUCCCCCCCCAUACUGGCGUAAGCCGGGCCCCCCAAGCUUCUUGGCCGACCUCAACGCCAACGCAGCGGCCUGGAUAUCCCCCUAGUGGACGAGCCCCCUUCCCCCUAGGCUCUUGUCACCGCCUGAGACCUCGCGAGACCCUCGGGUUUCCCCUGUCCCUUUCCCCCAGGUUACGAGAAGUCCCGCAGCCUGAGCAGCAUUGUGGGCCUGAGCGGGGUGUCCCUGCGCCUCGCGCCCCUCGCCACUCCCCCUGGCUCACCCCGGGCCACGCGCCGAGCUCCCCCGACCCUGCCCUCCAUCCUCUAGUGCUUCCCUCCCCCCUGUGGGGGGACUGGGGGUGAUUGGAAGAUCAAAAAGAGCUGGGAGUGGGGGGUAGAGAAAGGGUUCUUUUUUUUAAAAAAAAAAAGUCACUAAUAAUAUGCAAAAGAGAUGAUGCCAGCAGACACCCCCGGCCUCUCACUCCCCACAUACUAGAGCCCCCAGGAUAGAGGGGGCGGGGCCGGAGCCUGUGCUCCCCCUCCUGUCUCCCUCUCCAAAAAAAAAAAAAAAAAAAAAAAAGCAAACCUCAGGUCUCCAUGAGCCAUAGAACCCCCUCCCAUCGACUCCUGUAAAUAACUAAAAGCUGAUUCCAUCUUGGGGCACCCACCUCAGUUUGCAUGCCUCCCGGACCCCCUCUUCAGCAAUAAGCCGCCAGGAGCUGCGUGCAGAGAGUUGGAGGGAAGGCCGCUGGGAGCUUCUGGGGUCGGGGCUGGCAUUUUAGGGGUUUCCUGAUCACUCCCCCAAAGGGCGACCCACCCAUCACUAAUCGAUUCAGGAAAACCAAACAAAAAACCCUCUAGGAACAUGUAGGGAAUGGAAAGCAGGUUAAUCAGCCGCAGCCUUGAGGAGCUCAGCUGGGGGGUGGGGGAUCUGCCAGCUGCUCCCGGGCUUGGAGGACUCCAGCUGGUGCAUUCCACCCACGCCCGCCUCCAGGGAUCUGCUGCUCCCUCUAGUCACUGCAUGGACUUAGCCCGCCAGGCCCAGAACCCUCCACCCCAUCCUGUCUCUACUCUAUCCCAGAACACGAGACUAGCACCCUAGACUUCCGGAGAUUGACCCUGGCACCCUGCACUGCCAUCCCCGCGCACGCCGGCGCCCCACACUCCACACCUCCAUCACUCCACCCAUCCACCACUGACCUGGCCUGCAUCGCAGUGUUCUUCCACCCUCCCAGACCCUUCCCUUGAAUCCCUCAGCUCACUUUCAGCCUCCAGGACCUGACAGUCCUCAGGGCCCAAACAUUGCCCAGACACACCCAUAAACAUUCAAGCUCCCCCCCCCUCCACCCCCCAAGAGCUCCAACCUCCUGACAUCACACUCCUCAGUCCCAGGCGUCUCUGAUGCAAGACCUUCCUGAACGGGCUCCGCCUGUCUGAUUCCAGGGAGCUCCCACCCCAUCCAGCAUCUCUGUCUAGGCAGCCCCUUCCUCAAAGCCCCUUUCACCGAGAUGGUGCCAAAACACAGAGUUUCCCAGAGUGUGGGACUCCUGUUCCCUCUUCGUGUGCUGUAGUUUGCAGAGUGCACAAACGACCAAGUAGUUAAAACAUGGACGCGCCAGGCACAAAGCGCAUACCUGGCCAGUGCGUCCUGGCAGCGCAGCAGUUGGGCGUUGACCUUGAAAGCAAGUUAAGGACAGUCAAGCACACAGCUUGCCUAAUGUGCUAAGGUCCCGGGGUUCAAUCUCCGGCAACCCCUCUCCCCCUAAAACAGCCCCAAAGUGAUCACAAAAGCUGUGGCCCACGUUGCAGGAAAAGAGGACAUGCCCACCUGGGCUAGGACCUCAGCCUGCCCUUCCCAGCGUUCCUUGUCCGCCACGUGCCACGUUCGCGGUGGAAAACUUUCUCAAAUCCCAUCUUGGCUCCAGUAUGCUACCUCCCCCAAGCCCAGAGACCACACUGGUCCCAGAAUCCUAAACUCCCCUUUGGAGCAGGGUGGUCAGCAGAAUUAGCAAUCUCUCCCUUGUUCCCACAGCCUCAGGUUACCCCCCGCCGCCACCAGUGUCGGUGGGAGUGUCCUUGGGCCCAAUUCUUGAUGCAACGAUUCCUAUGCAAGGGGCAUUUUGAGUCCCCCCGCCCCCAGCCUUCCCUUGGGACUUUAAACCCUGGUGAGACAGGGGUUGAGGGGUGGGGUGGGAUGUGGUAGGGGCAGGGUAAAGGGCUAGGGGACUCCAGACACCAGGGUAUGGGGUGAGGACUCCUAAUAUUGCCAAAGGGUUCAACUUCUUUAAACAGCCCCUAUUAUCCCGGCCCCCAGCCCCCGUCCCUCAAAAGAGACAAAUGGGGCCGGGAAAAGGGGUAAGUCCUUUUUGAAGGAUACCAACAACUUCCCACUGUCUCUUCCUGCUCUCCAGUUUCCCACACGUAUUCAGCUUUUUAGUUAAGCUUUAAAAAAAAAAAAAAAAAGCUACCAUCAUUAUAAAUGUCUACAAAACGUGAUUUUUGCCCCCUUCAUAUCUCCCAAUUUACCAAAUAGUGUGGGGUUCGGGGAGGGAGAGCCAGGUCCUGGUCUCCCUUUUCCCCACGGCCGCCAGGGUGCCUGCAACUGCACGCAUGCGCUGCAUGACGCGCCCCCACACACACAUACACACACGCACACACGCAUGCGUCGCGCACCCCUCCUGCGCUGGUGGGGGGACGCACGGACUUAGGGCUGGGGGCGGGGCGAUGGGGAGGAAUGAUUGGCAGGGGGCAAGGGGGUCUUCCUGAGCUCAGCAGCUCCCCUCCUUCCCCACACACUCACAGCAAUAAGUUUCUCUUCUUCUAGUGGGCAGACGGGCCUGGCCUGGCCUGGCGCGGGAGGGGCUGGCCAAGGGGCGCUCUCAGGGAUGGGGGCGGGUCCUGAGUCUGGGGGAGGGGAGGUCUGCAACUGGUGCUAACGGCGGGUCUUCCUGGCCCACCCGCAGGCAGGGAGGGAGGGGUCGGUAGGCUUCUCCCCCAAGCCUCCCCCACGCCCACCCAGGGUGCAUGAACCACCCAUGCAGAAGCUGCCGCAUGUCAGCCCUCCCCCACAAAGAAACAGUGUCAUGCCCCUCCCCAGCCCAAUAAAUGAUUCCUUUUCAUUUAAAA